CCUAGUAGCCCGACAUUUAUAAUUCCAAACAAAAAGCGUUACGAGCGCAUUCAUAUAAAUAACACUGAUAAAUAUAGUCAGUAAAGUCGGUCAUUUUAAUUCCCAAUUCGAACUUUUAAUUCAAAUUUAGCUCUGGUUCUAAACACAUUUUAAGUGAAAUCCAAAAUGGUGCAAAAGUCAUGGCUAAAUAGCUUCACCGACGACGAGAAGGAUGAUAAUGAACUGCUGAUGACUGUAGUGGAGCUAAGCAUUUCAUUGGGUGACUAUACCCACGAUGUGCUCAAUUCCUUGGCAAUCCUAAAGCAGCCACCGUCCCCUGACCUGGUCAAUGGUCCUUCCGAAUUUGAUCUUAUUGAACAGUUUCAGCAAAAAUUUGUUGAGUUAAGCGAAGCACCCGAUGCUAACAGCAUUAAUGUUCAAGGUGAUUACUUUAUGCAGGUGCAUAAGCAUCUGCAGACUCUUGAGCCGGACGAGCUCAAGCGGAUCCAGCUUCUGGAUCAUUUGUAUCAGCUCUUUGAUGCUGCCCAUCCAACGGUUGGGACUCCAUAUCAAGAAACUGUCGAAGAACUGCUGGGCUGGUAGCGCAUGAGCCACUCUUUAAGCUUUAUGUUGGCAACACAGAAUCCGUUAUGGGGAAAUUUUAGCAAAUAAUUAUGGGUCAGAACAUAAAGUGUUAAAUAAAUUGUAUUUCAUGGAAGUUUUA